CGAGGUGACAGGUAAUGCAUGUUACCUGAGCAAUGCCUUCAGCGGUUUUGACAUUUUCUGUCUUCUUUCAUGGAUUUUUUAUCAUCUUGUGUGAUGGGCAGAGUAUAUCUGUUGCCACCAACAUUUACGAUUCUCUUCCUAAACUUGGAUGUAAUCAGUUUUUGGCCUUGAUAAAUAGAGCACAGUAUUCAUCAAGGUUCCAGUAUGCCCAAGAAAAUUAUUGGACUAUCAUUGUUUGGAAUGAUACUGCAUUUGAGAAUUUGCCACCUGCACGCAAAAAUGAGAUGCUGUCUAUGACAACAGAACAGAAUGAGGCCUACAUCACAGCAUUCACACUCACUAGAGCUAUUGGAAACAACAACGUUCAGUGAGCAGCGACCAGAAAUGAGCAGAUCAGCAUACCAAACCAAAAUUUUCUUCAAUAUUCGUUCUCGACGUGAAGGGGAUGUUUCCAGUGGGACAGCUGGUCCCACAGAGUACUAUGCUAAUGGUGCCUUGAUCUUGAGACCAAAUAUUCCAGCAGGAAGAUCUAUGAUACAUGUUGUUGAUCGUGUCUUGGAACUCCCAAGCCAAUAUGGAAUUAAGGGGUUUAUCUCUCUUAAAGAACAACCAGAUACUGCAUUCUACAACAAUGUAGUGAUGUUCUUGCCUGCUGAAUACUGGAAUGAUGUGGUGGAGCCAUUGAACAGUAAUGAGCGUGUCACAGUAUUCGUCCCUACUAAAGAGGCGAUCGCUCGCAUACCUUCCGACAAGUUGCAGCAACUGCGAGGAUCUUCACAGCUCCUUCGUGAUGUGAUUAAGCGGCACAUUAUUCCAGACCAAAUAAUGUAUACAUCGUUUGUGUACCACAAUGAAGGUGUCAACACCUUGUAUGGACAACUCAUCUACAGAAUCAGCAGCGAGAGAGAGACAGUGUUUGUCAGCAGUGGAGCUGUUACAGCUCAGGUGGUCCAUGGCAAUAUCACUGCCAAGAAUGGUGUGGUGCAUUUCGUUGACUCUUUACUGGGCUAUGUUUACAAUACUGCUUUAGACGAGAUCAGGCUAACUUCAUUUGCAACGACAUUUGAGAAUGUGCUCAUCAAAUCUCGCAAUGACCUGCAGAAUGCUAUUGUACUGCCUAAUGGCGUCACUGUGUUUGUUCCUAUCAACCAAGCUUUCAGCAACUUGCCUAGCAUGUAUAAUUUUCAGACAAACCAGUCUCUCAUCAAUAUGGUCAUGGAGCUAUGCAUGCUUCAACAAGGAAUGGAGUUUCAGCUUACAAGUGUUAAUGGAGAUUAUGAAGCAAGGCGAACUCUUCUGUCACGCUACUUUAACCGCCCUGUCAACGUUUACAGUCAGGGCAAUGAGACAUGGGUGGAAUCAGGAUAUGUGAAGGCAAAGGUGGUACGUCCUGACGUAGGAGUUACCAAUGGAUUCAUACACUUUAUAGAUGGAGUGCCUGGGCUACCUAGCAGAAGCAUUCCAGAUACCAUUUUCUGUGAAGACUGGCUGAUAAAAUCACAUAUCCAGCUGCAAAUGACUGGACUGGAUGUUUACCUGAGUGAUCCACAGGCUAAGGCAGUUGCACCAUGUGCCUCCAACACAGGUGUUAACAAAUAUCCAUCAUCCAGUCAGCAGGGAGCUGCCAUUGCACCUCGCAGUUGUGGUACAAUUAACCAACGCUGUUCUUUCACUAUCUUCAUCCCGAAUGGAACAGCCAUUGACUUUUUUGAAAAUCAGCCAUAUGGUAAACAGAUUCAAAAUGAUGCCAGGAGGUGGCAGUGGGUCUUGCGCCGCCAUAUCACAAGGCAGAUCAUCUACAUAGACCAGACAGCACUGACACAAGAGCGAGAAUUUACCUCUGACAAUGGAGAUGUAGUCCGGUACAAGCGUUCUACUGACCGAUACGCAUAUUUGUACUACAGAGGAAGACAAGCACGAAUUUUGCACUCUGACUUGGGGGCUACAAAUGGUGUUGUUCACAUCAUCGAUCGAGUCAUCUUUGUUCAGGAAGAUGUAUAUGCUACCACCUCAGAGGCUCACAUAUUCAGCUCAAGUACUAUUAUGUGUACGUUGUGUAUUUUAGGACUUCAUGUAAUAUACUUUUUUCUAUGAUUCUUCAGGUAAACCAUAUGGAGCAAGUGAGAAGAAGUACAUGGAAAUCAUUGUAAAUACAUAUUAGUAUUAUAAACAAAGACUAUAAUCAAUAUGUGAGUGUGUAGAGAGUGUAUAUGUCAUCGUGUGUGUGUGCAUGCAUACAAUUGGCUAUAAUUAUAUGUAAAAAUGGAACUUGAAAAGAGAAAUUUUUUUACUUUAAUCGACUCUUAAUUAUUGUGAAUAUAAAUGUAUAAAAUUGUCAUUACCUGUUAUGCUAUAGAAAGUAGUAUUAAGGCAAAAGGCUUUCAGGGGAAAAUGCCAUGUUUCUAACUACAUUUUAUGUGGAAUUUUAGUGGAUCUGUGGUCCAAGCUGCAGAGAGAGGGUAUAACAGCAACAGACAAAGGUGUUUGACACUUUAGAUCAAUGGUUCUCAAAGUGUGGUCCGUGGACCACUAGUGGUCCGCGUGCAUAGGUCAGGUGGUCCGCGGGUGCAGUCGUCAUAUGUCAGCAAAGUGAUGUUUAAA